AGGGGGACCAAUUUGAAUGCGACACGCGUAGGCAGCAGCAGCCGCUGCAAGCCGCCGCAGGAGGAAGCCAUUCCGCCAUGAGGGUCGCAAAGGCUGGCUUGCACGGCUUGUUUGCUGUGUAUAAGCCUCCGGGGGUGCCCUGGUUCUCCGUGCGGGAGACGGUAGAGACCCAGCUCCUGAAAGAUCUGAAUUCACUAGAGCGACCAGCACCACGACAACACGUCCGAUUUCUGCCAGGGACAGUGGAAGGGAGUCAUGGAAAGGAGUUGACAAUGACGGUUACGCAGGUGCCUGUCCUGGCUGAUCAUCCGCUAGUUUCUGGACCCAUGUUCACCCACCUGAAAAUCGGAACAGGUCACCUCCUGGAUACAAAGUCGUCAGGGGUAUUUGUGCUUGGCGCAGGCCGUGGCAAGAAGCUGCUUGCCGAUUUGUACCACGCUCAUCUCACCAGGACCUACACUGUCCGGGGCCUCUUUGGCAAGGCGACUGAUGACUUCUCGGAUACGGGCAAGCUGAUUGAGAAAACGACAUUUGAUCACAUCACUAGCGAGAAGCUGGAACGGAUUGUUGCUGUUAUCCAGGGAUCCCAUCACAAAGCUCUACUGCAGCAUACCAACAUAGACUUGCAAACACAAGAAGCCUAUGAACUGGCUGUGAAAGGACUACUCCGCCCCACAGAGAAGAGCCCUCCCUUGAUCACAGCAAUCCGAUGCUUCCAGUUUGCACCUCCCGAAUUCCAGCUAGAGAUUCAUUGUUUGAAUGAGACCCAACAGUACCUCCGAAAGAUCGUUCACGAGAUUGGGCUGGAGCUGAAGUCGACUGCUGUGUGCACACAAGUGCGAAGGGUGCGGGAUGGUGUUUUCACAGUGGACGACGCCCUCUUACGGACACAGUGGAACCUGGACAAUAUUCGGAGUGCCAUUCAGCAGUCGCGGUUCAAAGUAACCGCUGAGCUUCAACAGAGCCUGGCUUAUCAGGAAUCCUUCACUGACGACGAGGAAGAGACUGGAGUGGCCCAAAUGGAAGAUGGCCCACAGGACAGCAGAGGGGAAGAUUCUUUGCCGGCCAUCUCAGUGACAAAAUGAGCAUCUUGAAUUGCUUGGAAACGGGUUAAGUGCAGGCGAGGAAGCAAUCCUGAACUCCUUGAAUUGCUUUUCAGCUGAAGCUUGCUGUCAUAUUGCAAGCUAUGCAAACUCUUUCAAAAGAUAGCUACACACUUUUGUAAAAACUUGAGGACUCAGUGCUUUGUAGCAAGGAUUGCAGCAUAUGUCCAGCCCCGAGUGCAAUAGAAAGUGUUUGCUGAAGGGGAUUAUUUCAAGGCUAUGGAGAAUCUGUCUGAACUGCAUAAAUCAACCCGCUGGGUUGUCUCUCAACAACUCAUGUGAUUGCUUAGAAUAUUUGUAAACUGCUUUCCAAUAAAAACGGUUCUCAAAGCAGUAUAAAAACAAACAAGAAGAUGGUUCUCUGUCCUAAAAGGGUCCGCACUCUAAAAAUAAACACAAGGCAGACACCAGCCCCUGGAAGAAAUACGGCGCUGGCACUCCACUGCUAUUUUUGUUGUUCUCCACUGCUAUUUUUACCAACAAGAUCAACUUCCAUCUAUUCUUUUUGAAACACAGGAGGGAGAUCGUUUCUGUACUAAUAUCAGUCUGAACCAGACCAGGCCAUAAGCGCUGAAAUCAAGCAUGAGUGUGGUAUAUUAAUAAAAUGCUGUUGUAUAUUUC